CAAAAACCCAGUCGCGCGCCCAGAUAUCCGCCGUCCUCCCUCGACCGCCGUCGUUCGUCUGCUCGACCCUCGUCCCUUCAUCUCCUCGACGACGACGACCUUCAUCCAGGCCACGCCCCUCGUCGCCGAGACACCGCCGGCAAACAUCCAACACCUCGACGACAUAUCUAGGAGGCAGCCCCGGUCGGAAGUUGCGGCCCACUAGAGGCCCAUCGUCGGGCCCAGCCCCAACCCUAGCUCCAGCCGCCGCUUGGCUCUCCUGCUGUCCGUCCUGGUACCGCGCGGCCGCACCACCUCUCCAGGCUCCAGCUCCAGCGCCGCAGCGCGCUCGCCCGCGGCCCGCGCCUCCUGCUCCUGCCCUCCUCUGUCCUCUCCAGGCUCCAGCUCGCCCGUCAGGCCGCCACCGCCAGGCGCUCGCCCGCCAGCGCGCUCGCUCGCCAGGCCGCCACCGCCAGGCGCAGCCGCCCACAGCGGCCACAGCGCGCUCGCCCCGUCGCCCGCCACCGCCAGGCGCCAGCCGCGGAGCGCCGGAGGCCCGGAGCCGCAGGCCGCCGCAGCGCUCGCCCGGAGCCGCAGGCCGCAGCGCGCUCGCCCGCAGUGGUGUCGUCGUGCUCACCUACGAGCUCCGCGACCGCAUCGUUAAGCUGGUUUACUAGCUUACCCACGCACGGCCGCCGCCGCCUCACGCACGCAGCAGCCGGCCAGCCGCGGUACGUUCUCCAGGUCGUGCCGACGUCCGACGACAAAGAAGGCCCUGGGGGCGCUGGCGCGCAUCGCGAGUCCCCUCGCCGGCAAGUAUAUUUGCAAGCAGACCCUCGAGCUCGUGCGUUUAGCCUCGGAGGGCAAGUUCCCGAACCGGGGAAUCAAGGACGUCGUCAGGAGCAUCUGUUGCGGGAACGUAGGGAAAAUGUCAACGAAUCCUGAUGAACCUAAGAGUCGUGCCCGGACAGACUUUUUGCUCAACAAUGAACUGGAGGUCCAGAAGUUUUGGGAUGAGAACACGGUUUUUCAGGCUGAUCCUGGCAAUGACUCUCCAAGCCCCGGGGAAAAAUUCUUUGGGAACUUUCCAUACCCUUACAUGAAUGGCUUGCUGCAUCUGGGUCAUGCCUUCUCAUUGUCCAAGCUUGAGUUUGGUGCUGCAUACCACAGGCUUCGUGGCUCCAAUGUUCUUUUGCCCUUUGCUUUCCACUGCACUGGAAUGCCCAUCAAGGCCUCCGCAGAUAAGCUAGCUAGGGAAAUCCAACAAUAUGGAUAUCCUCCGGUGUUUCCUGUGGCAGAGGGUUCUAGUGCUGCAGUAGCAGAUGCUACCCAGGCUGACCAGGCUGAUGUUGUUGCCCCAGAUAAGUUUAAGGGGAAGAAGUCCAAGGCUACUGCAAAGGCUGGUGCACAAAAGUACCAGUGGGAGAUCAUGAAGAGCUUUGGUCUAGAUGAUGAAGAAAUUGCCAGAUUUCAAGAUCCUUAUCAUUGGUUGACUCACUUCCCUCCGCUGGCAAAGGAGGUUCUCAAGAAAUUUGGCUUGGGUUGUGACUGGAGGAGGUCAUUCAUAACUACUGACAUGAAUCCAUACUAUGAUGCUUUUGUUAAGUGGCAGAUGAGGAAGCUGAAGAAAUUGGGCAAAGUUGUUAAAGACAUGAGGUACACAAUCUACUCUCCGUUGGAUGGCCAACCUUGUGCUGAUCAUGAUAGGGCAACAGGUGAAGGUGUGCAGCCACAAGAAUACGUCUUGAUUAAAAUGGAGGUGAUAUCACCUUUUCCUCCCAAGCUGAAGUCAUUGGAAGGGAGGAAGGUAUACUUGGCAGCUGCUACACUAAGACCCGAGACAAUGUAUGGACAGACAAAUUGCUGGGUCCUUCCUGAUGGAAUGUAUGGUGCUUUUGAGAUUAAUGACACUGAUGUCUUCAUCCUUACAGCAAGGUCUGCUUUUAAUCUUGCAUACCAACACCUAUCCAGGGUCCCUGAAAAACCAACCUGCUUAUGUGAGCUAUCUGGCAGUGAUUUGAUUGGUUUGCCACUGAAAUCUCCUCUUGCCUUCAAUGAAACAAUAUAUGCUCUUCCAAUGCUCACUGUCUUGACUGACAAAGGUACUGGCAUUGUGACUAGUGUCCCUAGUGAUUCACCUGAUGAUUUCAUGGCACUGCAAGAUUUAGUCACAAAGCCAGCAUUGAGAGCAAAGUAUGGAGUGAAAGAUGAGUGGGUUCUUCCUUAUGAGAUUAUACCAAUAAUCCACAUUCCUGAAUUUGGAGACAAGUCAGCAGAGAAGGUUUGCCAUGAUCUUAAGAUUAAAAGCCAGAACGACAAGGAGAAGCUUGCUGAAGCAAAAAGAAUGACAUAUCUGAAGGGAUUUACUGAUGGAACAAUGAUUGUAGGUGAGUUCAGUGGUAGAAAGGUUCAGGAAGCGAAACCGCUGAUUAAAAGUAAGCUUUUGGAAGAAGGCACAGCUGUGUUGUAUAGUGAGCCGGAGAAGAAGGUCAUGUCUAGAUCUGGUGAUGAAUGUGUUGUUGCCCUCACUGAUCAGUGGUAUAUAACUUAUGGCGAGGCUGAAUGGAAGCAGAAGGCAGUCAAAUGUUUGGACCGCAUGAAUACAUUCUCAACUGAAACCCGCAAUGGUUUUGAACAUACGCUGGGCUGGCUGAACCAGUGGGCUUGUUCACGUUCAUUUGGACUCGGUACUCGAAUUCCAUGGGAUGAGCAGUUCCUUGUAGAAUCUCUUUCUGAUUCUACUCUAUACAUGGCUUAUUAUACAGUUGCACACCUUUUGCAAAAUGGUAAUAUGUAUGGGAAAGAAAUAUCUUCAGUAAGGCCAGAAGAAAUGACAGAUGAAGUCUGGGAUUUCGUGUUUUGUGAUGGCCCGGCACCAAAAAGCGAGAUCCCUGCCGCUCUGUUGAACAAGAUGAAACAGGAAUUUAAGUAUUGGUAUCCAUUUGAUAUCCGUGUGUCUGGUAAAGACCUUAUUCAAAACCAUUUGACAUUCUGCAUAUACAAUCAUACAGCACUUCUUCCUGAGCACCACUGGCCUAUUGGUUUCCGCUGCAAUGGGCAUCUAAUGCUUAACUCUGAGAAAAUGUCCAAGUCCACAGGGAAUUUCCUAACUCUGGAAGAUGCCAUAAAAAAGUACUCUUCUGAUGCCACUAGAUUUGCCCUUGCUGAUGCUGGCGAUGGUAUGGAUGAUGCAAAUUUUGUCACUGAAACUGCAAAUUCUGCUGUUAUGAGGCUUACAAAAGAAAUUUCAUGGAUGGAGGAGGUUACAGCUGCUGAAUCUAAAUUAAGAACUGGGCCGCCCACUACAUAUGCUGACCGUGUGUUUUCAAACGAGAUGAACAUUGCAAUCAAAGAAACUGAGAAGAGCUACAAUGCUUUCAUGUUCAGAGACGCCCUGAAGUCUGGGUUCUAUGACCUCCAAUUGGCUAGAGAUGAGUACAGGCUCUCUUGUGGUGCAGCAGGCAUGAACCGUGAUCUGUUGUGGCGAUUUAUGGAUGUCCAGACCAGGCUUAUCACCCCCAUUUGCCCACAUUAUGCCGAGCACGUGUGGCAGAAGAUCAUGAAGAAAGAAGGCUUUGCAAUAAAAGCUGGCUGGCCAGUCGCAGACACCCCGGAUCCUACACUGAGAAUUGCAAAUAAAUACCUGCAGGAUUCCAUAGUUUUGAUGAGGAAACUGCUUCAGAAGCAAGAGUCUGGUUCUAAGAAGCCUAAGAAGGGAGCUGCACCGGCACCUCCGUCCGAGGAAAAGAAGAUGAGCAUUGGUCUCAUAUAUGUGAACGAGCACUACUCUGGAUGGAAAGAGCAGUGCUUGAGGGUGCUGCAGUCCAAGUUCGACAGCCAAAGCCGCUCCUUCUCACCCGAUCAGGAAAUAGCAGAAGCUCUGAAGGAGUGCCCCAUCGGGCAGGAAAUGAACCUGAAGCAGGUUCAGAAGCUGUGCAUGCCCUUCAUCAAGCUGAAGAAGGACGAGGCAAAGGAGGUUGGUCCUCAGGCGCUGGACUUGAAGCUUCCAUUCGGUGAGAUGGAUGUUCUCCGGGAGAACUUGGAGCUGAUCAAGAGGCAGCUGGGCCUUGAGCAAGUCGAGGUGCUCUCCGCUUCCGACGAAGCUGCUCGCGCUAAGGCUGGUGAACAUGCUUCGCUGCUAGAGAAGAACCCACCAUCACCCGGCGACCCCAUCGCCAUCUUCCUCAGCAAACAGAGCUGAAAACUGAACUUGCAUAUGGCCCUUUUGUUAUUUACUUCGCCGCACAUUUGCCUCUUUUUUGUUUUUUGUUUUUGUGAAACCAGUUUCGUGUCUGUCAACAGAGUAUGUUGUCCUUCGGUUUGGUGAAACCAGUUUUUUUUUUCUGUCAACAGAAUAUGUUAUCCAUUGUCUGUGUAAACCAGUUCGGCUAUUGUCGACAAAGUAUGUUAAGGUGAUGCGGCUUUACAUCAUUUUGAUCUGGUGUA